CAAGAACGCUCAACUUCUCAAGACGGUGAGAGGGUUCUAUGAGAAUUGCUACAUACUUAGCAAAAUUCUCUCAAGUGAUACUCGCAUAUGACAUGGGGCUUGAUGCUAUCUUUAUCAACUUGUGUAUCCCGAAUCAUCACUGACCUUCCUAGAAAGCCUUGACAUGUAACCUUGGAUGGGGAUAUAGCUUGUUGUGUUCAUGGUGUCUCACUGUUACAGCACAGCCAUGAGCGACCAUGACUGCAUUGCUGCAUCUUGGACAAUUUUCCGGAUACCGUGUGCAACCAACUACCAACUCGACCAAUGCCUUGGAGCUGAAAAGCCACUCAUUCGGCUGCCAAGAUGGGUAAAGACUCUGGCCACCUGAAGUGCACAGGAAAACGCAUGCAUUUGCUUGAAAUAAAGCUUGGAUGGACCGAGUCACCCUGACAGAUGCUUAAUGCAACAUCCUUGGUGGGCCACCCCCCAAGCUCAAGCAUGGAUCUCAGCAUAUCGAAACAAAACUCGUUUGUUGCCGCCGAAGCCUGCAGGUGGCUGGAUGGCCAUCUGGCUCAUCACGGCUCUCAAUGAGCUGAUUGGUCAUAUAGAGGUGAAGAUGUGAAGCGCCUGCAGGAAGUAGCCUAUCAGACCGGCAGAUCAACGUCCAGGGUCCAAAGAGCGGCUGCCUGGCACAGCCAAUAGGACAACAAAGAUACCCUCUAUCAAAGAUCCACGCUUCAACACCAUGUCCUUUAACCGCCGGGCAACUUCUGCCAUCCAGUGAUAUUGCUCAGCAUGGGCAAUCGAUAUGAGGGACCUACCUGGGUACCAUGCAAAAGAUGUCCCGGACAAUUCCAGCCGAAUAUGGUUGUUUCAAUGGAACAAUUGCCCUGUUGGUGUCUCGAGGGUCAUGGGAGGACUGGGUACCCUGUCCGCACAAUACAGUACCGCUUCACAUAACACCGCAGCUUUCCCAAAUCUCUCUUGUGAUCCCCUCUCUAUUUCCAUUUGACUCGCCCGCCCGUAAUCCUAUAUUCUCCAAGACUACUCAGAGUUCAUACUUAUCUUGGCGUUACGAACCUCAGCAACACAAAGUUCUCAAGCGCUGACUCGCCGGUGACAAAACCAGGCCAGCGGAGUUUGACCUACCAUCUUCACAAUCACUUGGGCGUCUAAAUCCAAACCGAGUCACUUAACGGGCGGCUGGCAUCUGCCUAUCACAAGUCUUGCUGCUAUCCGCCCUUCUUUCUGGUAAGGCCAUCCUCCGUUACUAUUCUCGGCACCCCCUUCCCUCUCUCAUGUCCUGUCCCGUUGCUGGCGUUUUCAUGGUGUCGAAUGAGCGUCCUGGUUCCCUAUGUUGCCGCCAACCUCAAAACUCGCCAUUUCCCACUCGAGUCCGCCAGGCCGGACCUCUUUCCCAAUCCUUUGAUAGCUGGUCUCUCUGUUCUUUUGCAAUUGUCUCUGUUCUAUUACGGUUGCGAGCUUGGACUGCGUCGAAGCUCUUAUACAUCCACUUGCACAUCUUGCUGUUGAUAUCUUUCUCCUCUCACACAUUUACCUGUUAUAAACAUGGCUGGCCCAGAAGAUAGGAGGCGGCCUGCCGCACUCAACCUCGCUUCAGCACGACCUGGUACCUCAGAAUCCUCAUCCUCGGACGGCUCUCUGAAACCCCGAACUCCUCGAUUUGCUGAGGCAACUUCAGUUCACUCACCCGUCGAGGCUCGGUCCCCCUUUGCCGACCCCGAGAAGUCGCACGUUGCUCAGCCUCAACCCGCUGACGUUGGUUUUGGCUACAUCGGCCAGCGAGAAUCCAUUCCCGUCCCAAUGACUCCCAAGACGCCACUCAAGAGUGCCAUGAAGGUGCCAGGAACGCCUGCUCAUCUCAAGAACCCCUUGAGUCCAACAUUUCGGGAGGAAGAUAUUCUGGAGAAGCGUGAGGCGUCAACUGACAAGGAGCAAGCGCGCGAUGUGAAAAUCAAGGCCCGAGUCCGCUUGGCCAAGUUCGCUCUCCGUGGUGUUAACUUUAGCUGCUCUCUUAUCAUCCUUGCCAUGCUUUCUGCUUCAUUUACAAUCUUUAACGCUACCAAAGCUUUGCCUGAUCAGAGCAAGAUGCCUUCAUGGGCCAAGAACACCAGCGCCUGGCCCCAGAAACUUGUUCUUGCCAUGGCAUGCGUGUCUCUUGUCGCUUGUAUUGUUGUUUUUAUCUCCUACUGUCGAGGUGGUCAUCGACGUGCCGAGAAAGUCGGGACCUACUAUACCAUGUUCGCCAUUGGCUGGUUCAUUCUUGCCUUGAUUCUAUGGGUUGUCACAGCUGUUAUUUUCCAGAACUCAAGGAACAACAGCGGAAACCAGGAUAUGUGGGGUUGGUCUUGUGUUAACAACCAUCGAUCUGAAGUCUUCGGUGAGAAAGUCGACUAUGCUCUUGUCUGCCGUCUUCAGAACUGGGCCAUGAUCUGCAUCAUCAUCGAGGUGGUCAUCGAGGUUCUCUGUAUCCUCCUCUACAGCGUCGUCUUCUACCGUUACUACACAAAGCGACGCCUUUUCAAGUCUAUGGACAUGCGAGACCGUGCUCGAUCCGAUCUCUACCUCGCCCAGCUCCGCAGCCAGUCUGCUCCCAACACUCCCGGCUUCGGCCCCAAGUCCCCCGCUCUCAGUGCCUAUGCCAUGUCUCCCCGUCACCCUCCCGCUGCCUAUCGAUACCUGUCCGACAUCAGCGAGAACCCCACCACCUUCACGCCUGGUACCCAAUUUGCUGAGCCCAAGUCUCAAUUUGCUCCCCAGGAGACUGGCUUCAAGCUCCAGGCUCCUCCUAUGAAGGCCCCUUCUGCUACUCCCAAGCUAAAUCAAUCUGCCUUUACACCUACUGAGGCCUCACCUCCUGCCAUCCCCACUGUUCAAGUCUCGCAACACGGGCCUGUGAGCACUGAUGAACCCACUUAUGAGGCUGUCCCUAUCCCUGGUGCCUAUGCCGGCCAGGCUGUCAGGAGUCCACCUCCUACGCAGACUCAUUUUGGUCAGGGCUACUAGAUGGUGUUGAAUGUUUUCCGAAAAGAAAAAACGCAGGUUUGAUUAAUUUGUUAGUUCUGGCUCAGCGAGCUUCAGCCGCGUUCUUUAGGCGACGGCUUCUUUGACUUUAUAUAUCAUGGGGCGGCGAUACCACACACGGCGUUACAAUGGGCAGGUCCAAGAUUUGACUCGGCUGCACUUUUAUCUUUGGCUUUUCCUUUGUUUCACUCUCCUCAAAGAUAGCAGGAGUCGUAUAUAGUGUACUGUAAUUUGGGUAUGGAUGUACAUUCGGGCAUGUGCAGAGGAUGAUGAAGACGAUGGAAUAACGAGCUACACACAAUACUUUCGUUUACGAGGGCCUUGCAGGCCAUCGGAUUAGGCACUUUAUUCAAUCAUCACAUUGGUAUCUAAUUUGUCGACGGCACAGUGACCUUUAAUGAGUAGAGCAUUCUUCAAGUCGGUUAACGCCGUAGAGGCGCCUAUUACUUAGAGAGUGGAUGGAUAAAUAGUAAUUAUGGAUGUCGAAAUGUUAACAUUAAGGUAGAUUGGAACUCAGAUACCUCACAUCAAGUCACCCGACACUUGUAUUCAAGCGAAAUUUGGUCAAAAUCUUGAAAUAGAAAAAGAAAAACAUUCAUCAUGAUAACGACACCCUAAAUAACAGAGACAAAAAGCAGGUUUAAAAAACCGUUGCAUUACUUUUGGUAGCCCCCAAUGCACCCCCCA